AUGCAGAAGACAGCAGGCGAGGCGGCCUAUUUCCAGAAGGGCAGUGUGUUCUGGUUCAUGGUCAUCACCCUCUCCAUGGGAUACUACACGUGGGUUGUCUUCUGGCCUCAGAGUAUCCCCUAUCAGAGCCUUGGGCCCCUGGGUCCCUUCACUCAGUACCUGGUGGACCACCAUCAGACCCUCAUGUACAAUGGGUAUUGGCUUGCAUGGCUCAUUCAUGUGGGAGAAUCCUUGUAUGCCCUAGUAUUGUGCAAAUAUAAAGGCAUCACAAAUGAUCGGGCUCGGCUCCUCUGGUUUAUACAGACAUUCCUUUUUGGAAUAGCAUCUCUCUCUAUCUUGAUUGCUUACAGACCAAAACACAAAAAGCAGACGUAA